AUGAGGCACCGGCAGCUCUUUGCCUUUUGGCUGCUAAUCCUGGCCAGCUGCGUGGACUUCAGCACACCCCAUCUGCUCGAACUGAAGAAGAAGCUGCUCGGACUCGGUGGCGGUGGAGGAAUCGGCGGUGGUGGAGGAUUCGGUGGUGGCGGUGGAAUCGGCUGGGGAGGUGGAGGUGGUGGAGGACAUGGCGGCGGAGGAGGCUACAAUGGAGGCGGAGGAGGCGGCUACAAUGGCGGAGGAGGAUACCACGGAGGCGGAGGAGGCGGUGGCUAUCCCGGUGGAGGUGGCGGCGGAUAUCAUGGAGGCGGAGGUGGAGGCGGUGGCCAUCCCGGCGGAGGCGGCAGAACCAUAGAUGUCUAUAUCGUUAAGCCGGUCUACAGCGGUGGCGGAGGAGGCGGCGGCGGAGGCAGUGGCUCCUACGCCAGCAGCAGUGCCAAUAGUUGGGCCUCCGGCGGAGGAGGUGGUGGCUGCCAUUCCUGUGGUGGCGGCGGUGGCAAUAACGCCUACGCCAAGGCCUCUGCGAAUGCCUAUGCAGGCAGCUGGUAG